AUGGGGCCCCAGGCAAGGACACUCCACUUGCUGUUUCUCCUACUACAUGUUCUGACUAAGCCAGUCCAGCUGGUAGAGAACUCUGACUUCCACCUGGCUGGGGACUACCUCCUGGGUGGCCUCUUUUCUCUCCAUGCCAACGUGAAGAGCAUCUCCCACCUCAGCUACCUGCAGGUGCCCAAGUGCAAUGAGUACGACAUGAAGGUGCUGGGCUACAACCUCAUGCAGGCCAUGCGCUUCGCUGUGGAGGAGAUCAACAAUUGCAGCACUCUGCUACCGGGCGUGCUGCUUGGCUACGAGAUGGUGGAUGUGUGCUACCACUCCAACAAUGUCCAUCCUGGGCUCUACUUCCUGGCACAGGAUGAUGAAUUCCUGCCCAUCCUCCAAGACUACAGCCACUAUAUGCCCCAUGUGGUGGCUGUCAUUGGCCCAGACAACUCUGAGUCUGCCAUCACUGUGUCCAACCUCCUCUCCCAUUUCCUCGUUCCACAGGUCACAUACAGCGCCAUCUCCGACGAGCUGCGGGACAAGCGGCGCUUCCCGGCGAUGCUGCGCACAGCGCCCAGUGCCAGCCAUCACAUCGAGGCCAUGGUGCAACUGAUGAUCCACUUCCACUGGAACUGGAUUGUGGUGCUGGUGAGCAACGAUGACUAUGGCCGGGAGAAUGGCCAGCUGCUGAGCCAGCGUCUGAUCAGAACAGGUGACAUCUGCAUCGCCUUCCAGGAGGUGCUGCCCACACCCGAACCCAGCCAGGUCAUGGGGCCUGAGGAGCAGAGCCAACUGGACAACAUUCUAGAAAAGUUGCAGCGGACCACAGCCCGUGUUGUGGUGGUGUUCUCGCCAGAGCUGGCCCUGCACAACUUCUUCCGGGAGGUGCUGCGUUGGAAUUUCACUGGCCUCGUGUGGAUCGCCUCCGAGUCCUGGUCUAUCGACCCAGUUCUGCACAACCUUACAGGGCUGCGCCACACGGGCACUUUCCUGGGCAUCACCAUCCAGAGGGUCUCCAUCCCUGGCUUUAGCGAGUUCCGAGUGCGCCAUACCAAGGCAACGCAACCCAUACCCAACAAGACCAGCCCACGGGCCACGUGCAACCAGGACUGUGAUGCCUGUUUGAACAUCACCGAGUCCUACAGCAACGUCCUGAUGCUUUCUGGGGAGCGUGUGGUCUACAGUGUGUACUCGGCAGUCUACGCGGUGGCCCACGCCCUGCACAGGUUCCUGCGCUGCAACCAGGUCCGCUGCACCAAGGAAGUGGUCUACCCAUGGAAGCUACUCAGGGAGCUCUGGCACGUCAACUUCACCCUCCUGGGCAACCAGCUCUUCUUCGACCAACAGGGGGACAUGCCAAUGUUCUUGGACAUCAUCCAGUGGCAGUGGGACCUGAGCCAGAACCCCUUCCAAAGCAUCGCCUUCUACUCCCCCACCCAGCAGAGGAUGACCUACAUCCACAAUGUGUCCUGGCACACCCCCAACAACACGAUCCCCAUGUCCAUGUGUUCCAAGAGCUGCCAGCCUGGGCAAAUGAAAAAACCCGUGGGUCUCCACACCUGCUGCUUUGAGUGCAUGAACUGCUUACCAGGCACCUACCUCAACCGCUCUGCAGAUGAGUUUAACUGUUUGCCUUGCCCGGAUUUCAUGUGGUCCCACAUGAACGCCAUCACUUGCUUCAAGCGGCAGCAGGCCUUCCUGGAGUGGCACGAAGCGCCCACCAUUGUGGUGGUCAUACUGGCUUUCCUAGGCUUCUUCAGCACGCUGGCCAUUCUGCUCAUCUUCUGGAGACAUUUCCAGACACCCAUGGUGCGCUCCGCUGGUGGCCCCAUGUGCUUCCUGAUGCUGGUGCCGCUCCUGCUGGCAUUUGGGAUGGUGCCGGUGUACGUGGGACGCCCCACGGUCUUCACAUGUUUCUGCCGCCAGGCUUUCUUCACCGUCUGCUUCUCCGUCUGCCUGUCCUGCAUCACUGUGCGCUCCUUCCAGAUUGUGUGUGUCUUCAAGAUGGCCAGACGCUUGCCACGAGCCUAUGGCUUCUGGGUGCGUUACCAUGGGCCCUAUGUCUUUGUGGCCUUCAUCACAGCCAUCAAGAUAGCCCUGGUGGCGGCCAACAUGCUGGCCACCACCAUCAACCCCAUUGGCCGGACUGACCCUGAGGACCCUAACAUCGUGAUCCUCUCCUGUCACCCUAAUUACCGCAACGGGCUACUGUUCAACACCAGCAUGGACUUGCUGCUGUCCGUGGUGGGAUUCAGCUUUGCUUACAUGGGCAAAGAAUUACCCACCAACUACAAUGAGGCUAAGUUCAUCACCCUCAGCAUGACCUUCUCCUUCACCUCUUCCAUCUCCCUCUGCACCUUCAUGUCCGUCCACAAUGGAGUGCUGGUCACCAUCAUGGACCUCCUGGUCACUGUGCUCAACUUCCUGGCCAUCAGUUUGGGAUACUUUGGCCCCAAGUGUUACAUGAUCCUGUUCUACCCAGAGCGCAACACUCCAGCUUACUUCAAUAGCAUGAUCCAGGGCUACACCAUGAGGAAGAGCUAG